AUGGCAUAUCUCCUAUUCAACGCCGGUUCAAACUCGAAUCACCAGCUCAGCCCAAUCGAUGAGGAUUUUGCAGAAUUUAAAUUUGUAUCGUCGUUUGAAAGUAGCUGCCAAAUAUCCACCGGCGGAAACCACACGCUGAUCUUGUCUAAUCGACGGGUCUACGGCGCUGGCCUAAAUGAUUGCAAUCAGCUUGGCUUAGCUGGGCACUCUAUAAGCACACUCACAAAACUCGAUUGGUUGAGUAGCCUAUAUCCAAACCACCAAACCACACGCAUUCUAGCCAGUUGGUCGACUUCCUUCUUCUUUCUCGAGUCAAAUACUCUCCCUCCGCUGCUUAUAAGCGUUGGUGAUAGUGGAUUUGGAUGCAGAGGCGUGGCUGAUGUGGCUAGUACACACCCACACAGUCCCAUUAACCUCCCUUUACACAAUCACGCUCUCAUCCACGCUAAUUCCUCCUUCCGGCACAUUAUCGUCAUUCUGAGACACUUGCACACCAACACAUACAACGUCUUUGGCUGGGGUGCCUCUCGAAAAGGCCAACUCAGCCCCGCUAAUUCUGGAAAACCUUUCCUCUCUACUCCCCACCUCCUCCUCUCGACCCAGACUCCAAUUUUCAGUGCGCGGACCGGGAGAGAGCACACUAUCCUCCACUCAGCAGACGGUUUGAUUGGCUGGGGGAGUAACACACACGGACAGCUCAGUUUGGGUGCCUUUACCCGUGUUUUGGACUACGGGUGCACUUGGCGUGGUACUGUUGUGUACGAUGCACUCCCUCAAACACUCCCCUUCUCAUUACCACAACCCCCUCCAUCACUCAACUGGCAGUUGGCAGCGAACACUCCCUCUUCACCACCUCAGACAACACCGUCUGGUCCUUCGGCUGGAAUGAACACGGCAACCUCGGCCUAG